UUCUUGGAUGCAUAAAAUGAAGAGAACGCUAUAUUUCUGUGGUAUUUUAGUCUUCUUUCCGACCUAAAAUGGACCCCAAGUUUACUUGGGAGACAGAGGAACUUCAGGUUGCAAAAGAAUCAGUGGAAAAAUUAGUCAAAUCCUUUUUUCACGCCGAACAAACACGAUGGACCGAAAGUGGAUCUCCUCUUCAAAGGGACCAAACAACAGCUUCAUGCUCGUGUUCCAAGCAAAAUUCUCUAACACAGGAAGGCAAACAUUGCAUAAAACUUGACCCUGGCUUAAGUAUCUUAAGACAUGGCAAGAACAUACGACAUAUCCAUGCUUAUUUUCAAAAUCUUGAGCCUCACAGGUAUCGGCCAAAGCUAACUGCAGGAAAUAAAGUCGUUGACAGACCUGACACCAGUGUGCGUUUGGUUCAAAGAGGUGACGGCAGGAUUUACCAAAAUCCCACAAAUGUAGAAGGUGCAUCAAGUGCUCCAGAUGAUCAUAUGGUACUUAAAGAGGAGGACUGGCAGCUCUAUGAGAUGGUUGUAAUGUGCUGCCAGGCACCMUAUUUAAGUGCACCUCCAGUACCUUCACCAUACUCACCAUCYUCCUCACCAAGCUCACCUACAAGUCCUCAUCCAUUUGAGUUUUCCUACAGUCCACCACCAAGAGCUUCUAUUAACUCACCAUUCAAAUCCAAGGCAUUUUCUUUUAGUCACAUCAUUUCUCCAGAGUCUACACCUCCAGCUAARGCUAGUUCGAUGAGGGAAUUGGUGAGAAAAACGUAUGGACUGACAAAACACAUGCAUUCAUCUAGAGAAAAACAAAUUAAGGACAAAAUGCUCCCAAAGAAUAGUGAGAGGGUUCUUGUUGAAGACUUGCUAACACAACUCUACUUCUUAAACAACAACUGUCAUCCGUACUACCGCAUUCAAAGUUUCCUGGACAAGAAUGGUUAUGAUGAAUGGGUCACUGCRGAGAAAGAAAGUGUCAACAGACUCAUCAAAGUGUUUUGGCAUUUUCCUCUCCCUCCCUGUCCAUCGGCUUACCCACUAAACCAGGUUGAUGCUCACAAAGGGUACAUAACCCUGCUGAAAAGAUUUAUAAGAUAUGAGAGUGCUAAUGAGACCAUUCACUCGGUAUAUGGCGAUGUAACACCCACUGCUCCACUCUCCCCWGCAGCUUGUCGCAUCCUCAAAGAAUUUGGCCUACGAUAUGGUGUAGGGGCCCUAUACAGAAAGCUUGUUUAUCUUAGAUAUCUUGUUGAUCAUUUUGAGUGUGAGCUGUGGAUCAUUCAACACGUUGCAGUACUUGUAGAGGACGUCAUGAAGCUAGUGACCAUCACUCCUGAAAUAUAUGUCAAAGAAGAAUUUGCGAUGCUUCUCCACAUCCUUACUCUUCUUCUUCGCAUCUCCAAAUACUACCUGACCAGAGUCACUCGUUUAUUUCCCAAAAACUCCCCRCCAGGAGGAGUYACAGCUCUCGUUACCAUGGCAGAGCUGGCCCAGGAUGCUGCCCUGUAUGUGAAUGCUAAAUUCCCAGCAGUCUUCACGGUUAUGAUAUUGAGGGAUAUCGUUCAUGAAUUCAAAAGCAACUUGAUAGACGAACCUUUUGAUUCWUUGCUGGCAGGAUUUCUAACGGAGGAGGUUGAAGGACGCUAUGAGAGAUUUAAAGUGAUUGCUGCUUACAAACUCGAAGUGGACAGUUAUGCACCACCUCUUACUCCUAACUUACUCAACAUCUUGAUCUAUGACAUCCAGGAAGAAAUCACUAUAUACAAGACGUAUUAUCAAGCAGAGUUUGAAAAAUAUGUGGAUUUUGUACAGCUCUCMGCAGUUACYUUUUAUAAGCUUCUGAUGUUGGAUGUGCAGGAGAUGUGUGCGCAUAUACCCUGCCGUCAUGAUAAAGUUGAUCUUAGGAUGCUUGCUUUGGCUUAUAGACUGUCCAUCCUUGACAGAGAUAUGGCUAAUUAUCUGUCAACAGAGUUACAAACAUGGCGGGAACCAAUGUUACAGCUCUCUGUUACAUGGUUGGAUAUAGUAGGACAGCAUUUGAAGCGCUUAGUCCCAGCUUUACUUGAAAAGGAAACAUGGCGACCAGUGGAGGUCACACAGGAUGAUAUUAAGACAAGCAGAGCUUCCCUGGCGUCCAAGGUCAUGACAAUCUCUAGCAAACAACAGCUGUUUACUCAGUCUUGCAACUCUGCCUUCAGAAAAGUUAACGACAUGCAGCCUUUAGCUAAAAGCAGCGUAAUGUCCGUUUCCAAUCCACAACUUGACUCCAUUAUAUUUCCCACGAAUGCUGUAGACGAUCAAACUUCAUCCAUUGCUACCUCCAUUGAUACUCAGGCACAGUCAUCCACAGCAGGAAGCUUCAAAGGCAAAACAAUCAUAACUCAAGUCACUGUGCACUCAGUACCCAGGAUAAGUGAUGAAAAGACAACGAAUGUGGAUGGCGGUCUCUCUAGAAGUGUUCGAAUCGAAGACGUUUUCAUUCGAACUGACUCAGAUUCAGGGCAAGACAUAAGAACAAUUGAUAAUAGUGAUGAACAUAAAGAAACUGUUCUCACUGAACAAACAGCACUGAACAGCGGUGCGUGUAAUGAAAAUCUACCAGGGAAAGCAAGUCAAACUGGAAUUUCUGGUCAAACUGGAUUAUUAUCAAGUCUAAGCGAAGAAGCUAAUCAGAGUGAACAAAGAUUAAGAACUGAUGUUGAAAAUGAUCAAAAAGGUUUGACCGGACAAAAGGCUUUGGUAACUGUAUCAAAUAUAACGGAAUAUUGUACUAGUCAGUCAGAACAGCGCGAUGCGACCCCCUAUGAAAACGUAGACGACGCKAACAGUCMUACGAGUAGUAUCGACAAAACUGURGYAUCGAGRCCUAAUAUCGUAGGSACGUUGAACYUCGAAGAAGACCAUGAAAGACUUGAUAUCGCGAYCAACACURCAAACAUCUCUYAUAUCAUAAAUCCCAAUGUUUCGUUAGACUCUACUGCUGUAGGAUUAGAUGGAAAACGGUCCAUGUCGGAUGUCGAAUAUCGAACGCCGACAAAAAUCGAAACAUCCUCAAAUGACAAUUUACUUGAGUCAACUUCAAUAGAUUCCAAGUUGCCAAUACCUAGUACAUUUGUGCAGAAAACUCAUCAUGGUGGCAUUCUUGAGGAGUGUGCUAACUGUCCUCAUAAGGUUGUCGACGUUAUACCUGACAUCGAAGAGGCAUCGAACGAUGCAUUCGACGUUCAAAAGACAACGCUUGUUAAAGCAUCAAGAGCUACCAAUAGUGAACAUGGUGACGAAGACUGGAACCAGCCAGGACCAUCUGGACUCCAGUUACCAUCAAAAACGACCAGUAAACAUCCCAUAAUGAGAGCUUUAGAAUCUGACUUAACAAGRAGUCGAAGUGAAUAUGGAAGCGCGCCGUCUAGAGUGACAAUCACCACAUACGAAACUGCCCCGUACGGUAGCUAUCAGACAAGUAAAAGCUCUCACCAAGACAGUAUAGAUAUAUCGAGUACUGAGAGUGGURCUAACCAAAAUAGUGAAUCUGAUGAAAAUUGCUCAGGCACCCCAUCCCUUGAGAAACGUGAGCCGAUGACAGAGCUGUUGCCGCUGAGCAGUAGUAUCGUGGACUUUCUUUGUUGCAUCAAUCGUUUAACCGCRUUCACUUGUCAUCUGUGUACAAUACUCUGUCCUAAUGAGGUGAACGAGGGAAGCGCUGAUGCUGAACUAAUCAGAAGGGAGACUUUACGCAUGAAGACUGCUUUGUGUGAGAAGCUUAUUCAGAUUUCCAAAGAUAUGGUAUUACUCUACGCAGACAGUUUGAUGGCUGUAGAGACAUGUGGUUUGACAGACAGGGAGUUAAUGUCCYUUCUUGGUGUAGAACCUGCCAGAGAUUUGAUUGACAGGUGCACACGGGGUGAGAUUACUGGGUGUCGUCUUAAUCCAGGGACACACAUUAGAUGCAACGCGAUCAACUCUAGAGGCAAGAAAGUUGAACAGUGUGAAGCGAUGAAUAAAAUCAAGUGCAGUUUCAGUGGCUGCGAGUCUGCUUCUUCCAAGAUGGGUAUUCGGAACUCUAACAUCACUGUUAUUUCAUCAUUGCUGUCAUGGUUACAUGACAGAAUGACGCUGACCGUCAGCUGCAACAAGACGACAGCCAUGAAUCUCCAAGGUAACGGCGAAGACUGUCGAUAUCGUAGCGAGUCGUAUUGCCAAAAUGGACCAUCUGUUGAUUCCAUUACUAGCCAAGACUCGCAAACAGAAAGUCAGCAGCACCAUAYAAGUGAAUCACGCUUCUUGUCGCAGUCUAUCGAUGGGUCUCUUGACGAGUGUUGCGUUCGACUUGAUGACGCAUCWGACAUGCAAUGCAAGCUUGUAGCACACAGGGUCAAUGAUCUCUUCGUGACAAUAUUACACCAACUUCUUAAUUUGUCGUUGCCAACUUUCGACGUGAAGAAACGACUUCAACCGAUUAUCGAUUUUCUUCACAAACGAUUGACGUCGUUACGUAGAGUAAUGUUUCCAGACGCUUUUAUGGRGACCAUCAAGUAUUUGUGGAGACAUGUGGUCCAGGAUUUCACUCAAGAAGUUGAGCUUCUUAAAGAACGCCGUUCAGAUGCCACAGAGCAGUCAGUUUUACUGCUGAACGCAAUGGCUUACUUAAUGCAGUUUUUUCAUGGACGUGGAUGUGGAAUAAGCUACGAUGAUCUCAUUAGUACAACACAAGUGUUAACCAAACACAUAGAGUUGUACACAGCUCCCUCUCCUAGACUAAUACGUUUGUAUAGAUGGCUGCAUGACCAGAUGCUAACAGUACAAAGCAGCCAACUWCGCAAUAUUGAUGAGUUCACGUCAUCUAUCAGUGGUUCAUCUCARCAGAGRAGAGCCCAUGAACCGGCAGAUCAUUUGAUUCAAUCCAUGCGUUUGCAGCUUCAUGCAACACGUAAAUGCUUUUCUGGAUCYGAUUUGGUAGUUUGGGUCAAAAACUAUGUGAGAGAGAAUGGCUAUGACAGUCUUGGUGUUUGUAUUGGUAUAUCAGAUAUCGAUACUGCAAUAGAACUGGGCCAAUAUCUUUUAGAGAGGAACUUUCUCACUUGUGUGACGUUCCCACGUAGUGCUGAUARAGACGGUGAUAGCAAUGAGCAUCAAUAUGCAAGAAGUCAGGUGUCAAGGUUAUCCAAAGGAACUGUGUUUAUGAGAGACUCAAAUGCUCUUUCUAGUCAAAUGAGAUUCAACGACAUAUCAAUUGUUAAAACAAACKCUACUGGUUCUUCGCAUCCAAAUUCAUCAAGAUCAAGCUCUAGACCAGCCACAGACACAUCUGAACUCACAAACAGUGAUGACUGCAGCUCUCUCUCAUUAAGUUCAGAAGACAUGGACACUAGAGACCUCUUAGACUCAGUUGARAUCAUCUUACGACAAGCAGGCAGUAAUCAGUCAAUGGUUCAAUUCCAUAACAGCACCGAUGUAUUUUAUAGUUUUCUGAGCGAUGAYGAUGGCAGUGGUGGUCAAUUCAAAUACAAAUUGGAUUUUGCUAAUCGUUUUUCWAUACGAAUUAAGCUGGAGCAAAUUAUAUGUGUUUUGUACACRAGAAAYKGGAAAGACAUGGAAGCAAGGCUGUUUCUGAAGAGGAUACCCAAGGACUUCAUUGCACGAGCCAUUGGUUAUAAGGAAACCCCCUGGUGUUUCCAUAUAUAAACUGGUUUAAUUGUUCACAGGUGAAAGUAAUGAUAUACCACUAGUUUAAACAGGUUGACAGUAAUUUUUAUAUAAAAACUAUAAAAUCUUUGAGACAUAGCACUGAUUUAAAAAGGUUGACAGUUGUUUCUAUAUGAAAACCAUUCAAUCUUUUGGACCAUACAACAUGUACCACUGGUUAAGGCUGACUACUUUUUAUAUCCAAUCUAUUUUAAUAAUUAAUUAAAAAUUCUGAAAGAUGUAGCACUGAUUUAAAAAGGUCGACAUUAAUUUUUAUAUUAAAAAAAAAUAUUUACAAUGUACCACUAGUUCAAAGAAGUUGACAGUAGUUUUGUCCACAAACCAGUUUAAACUAAGAUUGUGUUGGAAAUACUAGUUUUAAACAUUACUCUGGUCUAAAAUUAUUAACAAUAUUAUAGUUUUUUAUGUUUUUGAAAACUGUUUUCUGUCUUAUCACUGGUUUAAAAAAGUUGACACUUAAAAAGGUUGAAAGUAGGUGUAUUUGUGAACAAAAUUUUCAUAGAAAUUACUACUAGUUUAAAAACGUUGAUGGCAGUUAAGUAUGCAAAAAAGUAUUAAGUAAGCUUAUGAAACAAUAUUCAAUCUCAAAAUUCUCAUUUUAUGGUUUAAUAUGAAAAACAUCAAUUUCAAUAGUAUUUUGAAAUACAAAAUAACAUUAUAAGGUAUUUCCACAAUCUAAUAAGCACAGCUUUUUAAAUAUUAUAUAUACUCUUAAAGUAUAAGAUUAAAGAGUGUUUAAAUACAGGAUUAAUAUAAUAUUUUAGUACAAAAAUAAUUUUGUUCAUAAUAAAUGAACUUGAUUGUGAAUAGUGCUUUUUUCUAAAGCUAGAAAAUUACACAGAUUUUUAUCAAUUCUUAUAGUUUUGUAUUGUUUAAAGGUAUCGUUUUUAACUUAAAGCUUUAUUAAUAUUCCAGAAUUGUUAUCAGUAUUUUAUAUUUCUAUCAAUAAGGGGUAUAGAAUGGUGUCUCAGAAAUUGCAAGGCUUUCCAAAAAUUUCCCAAGGUUCACAAGCUCGCCACUUAAAAAAGAAAGGGGCUCGGAUUUAAAAUCAUUUUUGGCUCGGAAGCUCACAAUUGCAGUAAUAUCGGACUCGUUCUGCCAAAGGCUCUGGCUCGAAUUUUAAAACGAAGGUCUCGCAAUGUCGGUGAGGCUCUGAUUUUACCAUUCGAUACCCCUAAUAGCAAAGCAGGGCUUUCAACUCUCCCUGACAAUCCAGAAGUCUCAAAAUUUUGGAUUUUAUCUCCUGGUCUCAAGAUUGCAAUGUCAAACCUCACGGUUUUCCUGAAAAAGGGAAAAAACUCUAAUGAUUUUUAAGUUUAUUUGCAAAAAAAUAAAAAUUAACCUGAUUCUGGUGAAUGAAUAUAGCAAAUGAAUGAUGGUCWUUUUGGAUUGGCUUUGGAUUUUUCAUCUCAAGGUAUGGAAUUGCCCAGGGUUGAAAYCCCUAGUGCAGUCUAUCAUUCACAAAAGUAUGCAUGCUGUAUUGUAAUCACAUCGGGAUAAAAAUAUGGGCACUUUAUUAAAAUUUUUUAWAGAAUUUCA